AUGGCCCUCGAUCAACACUUCAACGUCAGAGCUAAAAUGCGUGCCUUAACGAACGAAGUGAUCGAAGCUGUGCGAGAGGCCCGGGUAGCGGAGGCGCAGCGUGGCAACAGAGCCACAAUUCGUGAUGAAGAUGAAGCUGACGAUGAUGUCGACGACAAUGCUGAUGGUUACAAUGAUCAUGGUAAUCAAAAUGAUAAUGCAGAAGAGAAGGAAAAGGAGUGGGACAGUGAAGCUGGUGAUAAUGGUGAAGAUAGCGAUAAGGAUGAUGUUGCUGUCGAUGAUUAUGACGAUGAUAACGAGUAUUGUGAAGAGGACGACGAAGAGGAGGAGGAGGAGGAGGAGGAGGGUGGUGGCGGUGGUUGA